UCGCAUUUAUGUCUCGUUGUCACUCUGAGAAAGCCUCUGCCACAGCUGCGUCCCAUGCGAAUAACGUUCGUUAUAGAAGUGAGUUUAUUACAUUGUGACCGGUUACGACAGCGGAUUUUUACAGCCAGUGGCUGUUCUCCGCACUUUCCAGGAAAAAAAAGAGCUACAGAUAUGAGAUUUUAUUUUCUGAGCGUGCUUUUGCUGCUCGUCUCCUUGACAUGUGCCACACAAGGCAGCAGCCUUCGAACGAGGCGUUCUGUUUUGAAUGAUAUCGGAAACGCAUUGAAUAACAUCGGGCAGACAAUCAAGGAUACUAUGAAGAUCAGAAUCGACUCCAUGUUCCCACAUUCAACUAUCGAACCCGAAACGACAGAGCCAAUCUUGGAGCCGGACUGGAGUGGAAUGACACCAGAAUCUCGACAAAUCAUAACUGCUCCUAUUAGAUGUCCGCCUAAUCACGUGGUAGUAAAAAAGCGAUGCCGAAUGAUCUCUCGUCGACGAUAAGAUUCUACAAAAUUUCAGAGAGCAUCUUCCAUGAGAUUUUUAUCAUGCCUAAAAUAAUAUAAUUAAUAAUAGCUUGUUAAAUAAUUAAAGAAUUUAUAAAAUUCAUAAUUAAAAAUUUCUAAGAUUUUCAGCAAGUCCGCAUUAUUAUUAUAUCAAUAUAUUAUUAUAUCAAACAGAUUAUUUGACCGCAUACACAUUAUAUUCUCAUAAUCAUAGCUCAGUAUCCCAGGAAAUUUAUCCAUAUUCAGAUUGCGUAGUCGAGAUAGCUCCCUUGAGGAGAAUUUAAUUAUUCAUGGUAAGCGCUAAUCAAUGUGACUUGGCAAUCGUUGUUCGUACGUGCCAUUAAGAUUUUCAGCAUAUUCAUGGAACACAGGUGCAACUACUUCAUCUAUGUUAUUACACUGAUAUAUAUGUCAUGGCACGUCGACGUCAGAUUUGAAUAAUACUAUAAUUACACAUUUUAUAAUGACAUUAAUAUCAAUUAAUAUGCAGAAGUAUGUUAAUGAUUAAAUAAUUAUCCCUUGCUCCUAUGUAACAAUUUACUAAACUUAUGGUACACUACUUUCCAUAGUAUACCGAUAUACUUAUCGUGAUACGUCGACGUAAGACUUAAAUAAUAACAUAAGUAUACAUUUUAUAAAUGCGAUAAUGUAUUUGCUGACAGAAGCAAAUUAAUAAUUAGCUUUUAUUAAAUUUAUCAUUAUCGUUCAAUGGUAACCUAUUUAAUUUACUACUAAAAAAAUGGAAUUUAUUCUGCGUUUACGAUCGUCUUGUAAAAAUUGUAACCGUAUUGUUUAUAAACCUUCUCUCUCGUUUGUCCUUUUCUAUCUUUACAUAAAUAAUAUAUGAACU